AUGGGCGCUCACUCUGCUGUUUGGCAAGCAUCUCCAUGGAACGAUGUAGCUAAUAGUUCUGUCUUCUUGUCCACAGGAUAUGUCGAUUCCAGCUUGAUGGGAUCCGGCCAGUUUGACAAGGCUGCCAUUCUGAGCCACGACCUUUCCGGCACCGAGGCUUACUCUCCCGGCUUCACAAUCAGUGUCGAGGAGCUCAAGGAACUCGCUGCCGCCUUCGAUAAUAGCGGCGUGGCGAUGACCAAUGGUUUCCACGUCGGCGGCGAGAAGUUUGUCGCUAUCCGGGCCGACGAACGCAGCCUAUACGGAAAGAAGGGCAAGGAGGGUAUUGUCGUUGUGAAGGCCAAGUCCUGCGUCAUGAUCGCCCACCACCCCGAGACUAUCCAGACCACCAACGCCGCCACCGUUGUCGAGAACCUCGUUGACUACAUCAACAAGUACUAG